AUGUCCCUCCACACAACAAACGAUGACACAGAAGAGGAAGACGAAGAAACCCUGCAGUUGAAGCUUCAGGCAAUCGAAGCAAGACUCAAGAUCAAAGCCCUGCAGAAGAAGAAAGCAGCCGACAGCGAGAGUUUUGGCAGCAGUGCCCCUUCCUCCAGCGCCGACAAUGCGCAGGCCGCACGAAGACCAAACAUGUUCCAGCCCGCCGCCGAUAUUCAAGUCCCCCACUCGCCUGUGCGGAUCCGCCGUGCGCCAGAGGAACAGAAAAGCCCGGCGCGGGUCCUACUCGGCAUCGACAAGGGCCUGAAGGCGCGGGACAUCAGUCUGAAGCGACCGGGCACUGGUAUGAGCGGCCGACUCUCACGAGCAGAUUCACAAAGAAGAUGCGAGACGCCCAAGAUCAAGUCGUUCAGCGAACGCAUUGCCGAGAGUCGCAUCAAGGAGAAGGAACGUGAAGACAAGGAGAUGAAGAUCGAGACUAGACGGAGCAGAGGGUUCGGCCUUCACAGCAUCGAGGGACUAAGAGAGCGCACAGCGUCGAGACCAGAAUCCUCGUUGAGUGCAGGCACCACGUCUUCGCAAACCAUGUUACCCCCACCCGCGAGAGGGCACAGCAGAGCACAGAGCCAAUCGAAUUCAACUCCUCAACCUCCAUCUACACCACGUCCUGGACUCACACGAUCUUCCUUCUCCGAUGCCUCACGCCCACCUUCGUCAGCAUCCAAGUCGUCUUUCAGCAGUUUUGGUUCAACUUCAACGGCAGCAAAAUACGCCGAGAUCUCACAGCGAGACAACAGCACAGAAGCAGUAAGCUUCGAGGCAAACUCGGGUCUACAUCUCAAGUCACGAGAGAUGCCGCACAAUGAUGUCACCCGAGCGCUGGAGGGCAAAACAAUCCUGACCAUUCCGCAAUUACUGAAGACUGUCAGACCACCAGACUACGAUGCACCGGAUUACGAGAACGACUAUGUUGUCCUAGGUGUCAUAUGUGCCAAGUCAACACCUCACAGCACCAAGAACGCAGCCAAAGACCAGUCCAAGAGCAAUCAGGAACAGGGUGAUACCACAAGCAAGUUUAUGGUCCUAAAACUGACCGAUUUAAAAUAUGAAAUGGACCUCUUUUUGUUCGACACUGGCUUCUCGCAGUUCUGGAAACUGCCUCUUGGAACACUAAUCGCAGUACUGAACCCGGACAUUAUGCCGCCACGAGGCCGUGACAAUGGGAAAUUCAAUCUGAAGCUCUCCAGCUCCGACGACACGAUACUGGAACUUGGCCGCGCCCGAGACUUGGACUUUUGCCAUGCCAAGAAGGCGGACGGUCAGGGAUGCAAGGCUUGGAUCGACAGUCGCAAAACCGAAUACUGCGAAUUCCACAUUCAGCUGCAGGUUGAGAAAAGCAAAAGAGGACGCAUGGAGAUCAAUACCAUGACUGGCAUGGGCAAUGGCCCACGGGGCGGCGGCAUGUUUGGACGGUUCAACAGGGGGGCGCCCAAGGGUGCUGAAUUGAAACGAGAAGGACGCUAUCAUGACCGCGAACUUCACGAGACAAUCUAUAUUGCACCAGCACCGGGUGGUGCAGCCAGGCUCAUCGAUCGGGACCGCCAGCAGUGGGAGGGCGGUGUGGGCCGGGAAGACCGCUUUCGCAAGCAGCUUGCUGAGAAGGAGAAGGAGAGAGAGCUCGCAAAAAAGCUGGGGACAAUGGGUGAUGGCAGUACAGGAGGCGACUACAUGAAGGUCAAGGGAGCAGGCACACAAAACCUACCCGCACGUGGCUAUACAUCUGCUCAAGGAUCGACUGGCAUGAAGGCAGAGAAGGCGAGUGACACGGAUUACAGCAGUCUGCUCAACCGCACAUCGGCCGACGUGUCCCUCGCACCUGUUAAGCGCAAGCGGACGGCGUCCACCAAGUCGACCACAACAAGCGAUCCGGUUGGUUGGGGCUUCAGAUAUGGUCGCAUCCCAUCACCCAAGAAGGUGAUACAAUCUGCUUUCCAAGGCACCCGAGACGCGAGUCCCGUCAAGAAGAAAGCGCGAUUACUACUGCCAGAGAAGGGCAUCCGUGAGCCAGGACGAGAGAGCCUGGGUGGUCUGGACAUUGGGUUGAUUGCGGCCAUGGAUGAUGACGAUGAUGAUUUGGAAGUUGGGGCCAUGGUUGGCAAUGGGUGGUUGGUUGUUGUGGCGUUUGAUUUGCGGCUUGCUGAUUGGUUGGGGUUACGAAACUGCGUAACCAAAACAAGCGACAUUGCCGCAAGCCCAGCACGGCAGAUCGUUGACAAAACACGAAACUCGGGAAAUUGCCCCUGGCAAGACAUGGCAGUCCAGGAGACCAACGCGGAUGACACGAUUUACUGUCUUCUCAAUUACGAAGACCCUUAUGUGCAGCCCCUCAUACUUUCUGCCCUCGCCAAACGUCUUGCCCAAUCAUCCUACAAACUCAUCACAUCGCUCGACAAACUCCCCUCGCCUUCGUCACACCUUCUCCAGUGGGUCCAAUAUGAAUCCAUCGACUUUGACCAUCUCGUGUCGCACUCAGCAACGUCCAUGGCGAAUGCAUAUGUCAUCCGCAAAGCCCUGAUCCGCAAGCACUAUCUCAGCACGACCGUGGCCAACUGGGUGACCAAAUACCCUGAAUCUGUACUCGGCAAGGGGGUCAAACCAAGUGUAGAGUUUGAAGUCGACUAUGCGCAGUUUCUGGAUGAUGCUCUCGUUGAGGCUUGGGAGUUGAGGGAGAGUUGGCAAAGGGCCGAGGGAAAGGAAGAGGAGGAGAGGGAGUGGUGGAUUUUGAAGCCGGGGAUGAGCGAGAGGGGCCAGGGGAUCAGAUUGUUUUCCACUGAGCAGGAACUGACGGAGAUUUUUGAAGAGUGGGAUCCUGAGAGCGAUGAGGAGGACGAAGAGGAGGACGCGAGGAGUGAUGCUGGGCAUGGUGGGCGGGAAGUGGACAAGGAAGAACAAGAAGGCAAUGGCAUUAUAACAUCGCAACUCCGCCAUUUCAUCGCACAGCCAUAUAUACAUCCUCCCUUAUUGCUGCCGUCCCCUUCUUCAAUCAAGUCUCCAACAUCAGCAUCAGCAUCACGGAAAUUCCACAUCAGAACCUACGUCCUCGCAACUGGCGCACUCACAAUCCACAUCUAUCGCCCCAUGCUCGCUCUCUUUGCAGCCCGCGACUACAUUCCGCCCUGGGACCCAAGACUAGCCACGGACCGCGACGAAGCCAUGAAAGCACACCUCACCAACACCUGUUUACAAGACAGCGGUGAUCGCGAAGGCUCCGUUGGACUAUUCUGGUCGCUCCCAGACGAUCUGCCUCGGCAACCUGAUUUCUCGUCCUCGGCUUCCAGCAACAAGACUGAUACGCUCGUGCACGAGACGGCAGGCAAAGACUGGAAAGACCGAGUCUUUGCGCAACUCUGCGCCAUCACCGGGGAGACGUUUGAAGCUGCUGCGAGGGGCAUGUCGAUUCACUUCCAGCCGCUGCCCAAUGCGUUUGAGGUGUUUGGCUUGGAUUUCAUGGUUGGUGUUGGCCAGGACGGCGGGCUGGGGACGUGGUUGAUGGAGGUGAAUGCGUUUCCGGAUUUCAGGCAGACUGGAGAUGAGCUGAGUGGGAUGAUUGAGGGGUUGUUUGAGGGGGUGGUGGACAAGGCUGUUGCGCCGUUUUUUGGUGCAGAGAGACAGAAUGAGCAGGGCAAUGGGGAUAUGGUCAAAGUACUGGAUAUUGAUCUGGGACGGCGGCGGUGA